AUGAAGUUCAAGCGAACACCACUAUCACCAUCAUGGGUAAUUUUCACUGCAUUGCUUCUGUCGUGCUUUCUCUUGACUCCAAGUCUUGCUGAUGGCAGUAGCAGUAUUCUUCCAUCAAAUGCUAAUGACGAAAGUCCCAACGAUUUUCUGCCAACAGCAUCCCCAUCGGAACCUCCUUCUUCAAGGAUGGUGGACGACAAUGACACAUCCCUUAUUGAGGCUGAUGAUGAAAACACCAGCAACAACAACAACAACAACACCAGCAAGUUCUUUUCUCCCAAAGCGGAUGAAGAGGAAGACGAUAUUAAUCAAGAAUACCAAAUAUCGCCCACCAACAAAUUGAUUGGUUUUGUCUUUGGUGCCUCGGUCAUUGUUUCCAUUUUGUUACUCAUCCGAAACAAUCGCGAACAUACCCGUCAAUUGGCGACCCUACGGCAACAACAACAGGAACGACGUCAGCGUGAGGAUUCGAGACGAGAAGGAAACUUGAGGGACAAUCGAAAAAAGGAAUUUCAUCGGCGAUUUCAUUUUACAGUCAUUCAUCCUCACGCUGUUGUUGUUGUUGCUGCUCCUGAGGCUCCUGUUGCUGCUGAAGAUGAGAAUGAGAAUGAAAAGCAACAAGAAACGCAUGAGGGUAUCAUUCUUGAUGAUAGUCCUAAUGGUAACGAGAAUGUUGAAAAUGGCAAUUCGGAUGUCGAGGCACAACCCCAACAACAGUCAUUGGAAGACGACACCGACAAGAAUAAUGAUAAAGAUCAAGAAGACGAUCCUGCCAAAUAUCAGCCAUGUGCUGAACGUCGUCCUUCUACGAAUGCGGCCAGCAAUUUUUUUGCGAAUUUUUGGAAGCAUCAUAAAAAGACCCACGAACAAGAAUGCAGCAUUUGUUUGGGAGACUACACUCCAGGGGAUACCAUUUGUGUGGCCAGGGCACCAUCCAAAUGCAAUCAUGUCUUUCAUCAAGAUUGCAUUGCCGAAUGGCUCAAGAAUCACAAUGAAUGCCCGCUCUGUAGGGUCAACUUGAUGACGAGCGAUUGA